UUUAAAGUAGAUUCUUGUCUAAAGCCUCACAGGAGUACAAACACUCACUUGCAUGCUAUGUGAGAGAUCUUAACCUUCAAACUUAAUCAAGAUUUUCUACCCUUUCCCUCCCUUCCUUCUUCGGCUACAAGUCUUUGAAGAAAAUGGAUUGUAGCCAGAGGAGAACCUGAUGCAGAGGACUGGGUGGUGUUUUUCUUUUCAAAGGAGGCUGAUACCCAGGAAGCAAAAUGUUCUUCCUUCUCUCCUUUCUGACUGUGGGAGUGAAGCUCCGCCUGAUAACAGGUUUAUUUACAGUAACUGUUCCCAAGGAACUGUAUAUAGCGGACUAUGGUAGCAAUGUGACAAUGGAGUGUAACUUUGACACUGGAGGACAAGUGGACAUUGAAGCAUUGAGAGUCACUUGGACGAAGGAUGAAAGGAAAAUUGUGAAUUUUCCUAGUAUACAGAAAGACUUGGAAAUUCACAGUGAGCACAGUGGAAGAAGAAUGACGUUGUUAGAGGACCAGCUGUCUUUCAGGAAAGCCUUGCUUCAUAUUAGGGAUGUCCAGAUAAUGGAUGCUGGCCAGUACCACUGCCUGCUUCUUUAUAGGGAUGCCGCGGACUACAAGUAUGUCACUCUGCAUGUAAAAGCUUCCUACAAGACAAUAAAUACUCAAGUCAUCAGGGUCCCAGGAAGCAAUGAAAUAGAGCUUACCUGUCAGUCUAAAGGCUAUCCUCUGGCAGUGGUAUCCUGGCUAAACAUCAGUGAACCUGCGAAUACCACCCACUCAAAGACCCCCGAGGGUCUCUACAACAUCACCAGUGUCCUGAGGCUAAAGGACAACACUCAUAGGAACAUCAGCUGUGAGUUCUGGAAUCAAGAUACCCAAGAAAGGACGUCGGCUGUUUUAGAUCCACAGGAAAUUCCAGAUGAAAAAUUACCCCUGACUUAUAUUCUCAUUCCCACCUGCAUCAUCAUCUUGAUUUUUGUGGCAGCCGUGAUAUUCCUUAGAAGACAACUUUGCCUGAAGGACUCACACAGAACGGGUAUGAUCCUAUGACCUCAAGAGCUGGAGAUUUUCUGAUUUGACAGACUCAAGAGACCUAGUUUGCUCCACCUGCAGCUUGCACUUUUAAAAAAAAAUUGAUCAGCACGGCACUUUAGAUUCAAAACCACAAAAAGUUAGCUGAAUCUUGGAUAAUGGCAAGAGCAUAGCACUAAACCUCUCCAAAUUCUUGUGAUAUAUAGCCUGGCCAUGAUGUUUCUUAAGUUUAUCAAUACCAACUGUCACAAAGGUGUUAAACACUGCUGGAUGGUCAGUAGCAAUGGUAUCCUGGGUAUUGCCCUUUUUGUUCAAUUAGUUUAUUUGGGUUUCUGUACUUUGAAUGAAAUCCUACUGGAGAUGCUUCUUGAUUACUGGUUGACUUCUCUUCUAGAAAGGGUUAGGGCCUGGUGGCCCCUGGUUCCAAUGUGAGGCUCUUUUCCAUCAUUACUGGAUUGAAAGAAGAGAACCAUUUUCCCCAAAUUUAUUGGAAAGGACAGAUUUCAAGAAGAAUAGAGAAGAGUUGGCCUUCAUUCUUGUAUAAGAAUUUGCAGAAUGCCUAACAGACCCCUUCUGCUGGGGAAAGGGUAAUAUUUGGUCUCUCCCCCAUAAUCUAAGAAUUACUUGAAUUGUCUAAUUCAGGUUAUGACCUCUAUGGCAGAGAAACAACAAGCACAAGGACACAAUGUACAUCUAGUAACUACAGACCUUCUGGGAGCCCUCUAAAGAUAUUCUACUAAAGAGAAAAUAUAGAAA